GCCGCGCUUCCUGAGCGGGCGAGCGGAGCUCAGCACGGGCGCGGGGGCCCAUGGCGGCGGCGGCGGCGGCCCUGGCGGCGGCCGAUCCCCCGCCCGCGAUGCCGCCGGCGGCCGGGGCCGGGGGUCCGGCCGCCCGCCGGGACCUCUACUGGCUGCGCUCGUUCCUGGCCGGAGGCAUCGCUGGGUGCUGUGCCAAAACAACAGUUGCUCCUUUGGAUCGAGUGAAGGUUUUAUUACAAGCACACAAUCACCAUUACAGACAUUUAGGUGUGUUUUCGACACUGUGUGCUGUUCCCCAAAAGGAGGGAUACCUUGGAUUGUACAAAGGAAACGGUGCAAUGAUGAUUCGAAUCUUUCCAUAUGGUGCAAUCCAGUUCAUGGCAUUUGAACAUUAUAAAACGUUUAUUACGACAAAACUGGGAGUUUCUGGUCAUGUACACAGAUUGAUGGCUGGGUCCAUGGCAGGCAUGACAGCUGUUAUCUGUACUUACCCUCUGGACAUGGUCAGAGUCCGACUCGCAUUCCAGGUGAAGGGGGAGCACACGUACACAGGAAUCAUCCAUGCCUUCAAAACUAUUUAUGCAAAGGAGGGCGGUUUCCUUGGGUUCUACAGAGGCCUGAUGCCAACCAUACUGGGAAUGGCUCCAUAUGCAGGUGUUUCCUUUUUCACUUUUGGUACCUUAAAGAGUGUUGGGCUUUCUCAUGCUCCAACCCUUCUCGGCAGACCUUCAUCAGACAAUCCUAACGUUUUAGUUUUGAAAACCCACAUAAACUUACUUUGUGGUGGUGUUGCAGGAGCCAUAGCACAGACAAUAUCCUAUCCAUUUGAUGUAACGCGUCGGCGAAUGCAAUUAGGAACUAUUCUUCCAGAAUUCGAGAAGUGCCUUACCAUGCGGGAGACGAUGAAGUACGUUUAUGGACACCAUGGGAUUCGAAAAGGAUUGUAUCGUGGUUUAUCUCUUAAUUACAUUCGCUGCAUCCCAUCUCAAGCAGUGGCUUUUACGACGUACGAACUUAUGAAGCAGUUCUUUCACCUGAACUGAAAAAAAAAACUGAUUUAUUUUCCUUUAUUCUCAGAGCUUAGAAAUAAAAUGUUAACUUUAAUUUUGGGGGCACAUUACUUGAAGGGGGAUAUUUGACCUCUUACAGGAAGCACUUGUAUUUCAGUACUUGAUUUUCUCUAUCACAAAUCAGAAGUGCUUACUCUACUUCUUGAUGCCAAAAGUUAUACCUUUGAACACUGGGGGGCAGUCUCCUCUGUAGAUGCUGAUGCUAGCUAAUCAGUUAGGUUAUUUGAGACCAUUUUAAAGUGUUAUUUGGA